AUGGCUGAAAUGGUCACGUACUUGCCGAUCUCUUCGCCUUUUAUCCGAUUCGCAGGUCGUUACGUGGACGAGGCAUUUGGCUUUGCCGCGGGAUAUAACUUCUUCAUUUUCGAGGCUGCCAUGGUGCCGUUUGAAAUCGUUGCUUGUAACUUCAUCAUCCACUAUUGGAGCGAUGUUGUCCCUGCUGCGGGCAUCAUUGCCAUAGUAAUAGUGAUCUACGGUAUCGUCAACUUCUUCGCUGUUCAAUGGUAUGGCGAAUCCGAAUUUUGGCUGGCUCUAGGGAAAGCCCUACUCAUCAUUGGUUUGAUCAUGUACACCUUCAUUACCAUGCUUGGAGGGAAUCCGAUUGGAGACCGGUUUGGAUUCAGAUUUUGGCGCGAACCUGGGUCCUUUGCGGAGUACUACAAGACCGGAGAUCUCGGCCGAUUCAUGGGAUUCAUGCAGUGCCUCAUCCAGGCGGGUUUUACGAUCGCCGGCCCCGAUUACGUCUCCAUGGCUGCAGGCGAGGCUGAAAAUCCACGCGAGUCGAUGCCACGCGCGUACAACGCGGUGUUUUAUCGCCUAAGCUCCUUUUUCAUUCUCGGAAGUCUCGCUGUUGGCAUCAACGUGCCUUACAAUGACCAGACCAUGAAAGACGCGUUUUUCGAAGACCUGCCAGGCGCUGCUGCAUCUCCGUAUGUUAUAUCGAUGGCCCGGCUCAAGAUCCCAGUGCUCCCGCAUAUUGUCAACGCCAUGGUGCUCAUGGCGGCCUUCAGCGCGGGGAACAGCUACGUCUACUGCGCCAGCAGGAGUCUCUACGGGCUAGCUCUCGAAGGGAAAGCUCCUCGGAUCUUCACUCGCUGCACCAAAUCCGGCGUGCCGAUGUAUUCUGUCGGGCUAGUUCUGCUGAUUGCCCUCCUGAGCUUCCUGCAGGUUUCCAAUAGCGCUGCGGUGGUGCUGCAAUGGUUCGUGAGUCUUGUUACGGCAUCGCAGUUGAUCAACUUUUCCGUAAUGGCAUUUACAUACAUCCGAUUCAAGAAGGCGUGCGAUGCGCAAGGGCUGCGGCGUGAUUCUUUGCCGUUCAAAUCCCCCUGGCAGCCAUUUUUGGCGUGGUACGCCCUGCUGGGCUGCGCUAUCAUGGCGGUCGUCAGCGGAUAUACGGUUUUCUUGCCCGGUAACUGGAAAGUACCAACCUUUUUGUUCUCGUAUUUGAUGAUAUUCAUAUUUCCUAUGCUGUUCAUAGGGUAUAAAAUCAUCAAACGCACGCAGUUCCUUAGACCCACCGAAGUGGAUUUGGUGAAGGAUCUGGAUGAGAUUGAAGAGUAUACAAGGCAUUUUGUUCCGCAGCCACCAAGAAACACUAUGGAAAAGAUUCUUGACAAGUUGUUUUAG